AUGGCAUACACGCAAAUGUACACGCUUGCUAGUGGGCAAACAAACGUCCUGCCCACGAUCGGUUCCCUCGCCGAAUCAGUCAACAGAACCGAGGACACCUUCAUCGACUACCUUUGCUCUACCCCGGAGGCGGAGUCGAUACGAGCCACUCUCGGCGAAGUGGCAUACCAACAAUUUGUCGAACAACAUCUCGCUACCCAACAGGCGAGAAAGGCCAGAAAGGCCGAAAUCAGCAGGGAGCUGGCCUCAAAAAGGUCCACGAUCCAGCGAUGGUUCACGAAGAUCAGACAUGCAUACACGGAGACCUACUGA